UCUAGUGUAUGAUCCAAUGGCGUAUGAUACUCGUGUUUAGAACUGAAGUGAAGCGCCCGACGUGCCUGCGGUCCACCCUCACACCAAGAAGGAAGAAAAAGUGUGAGGCGGGUGAGAAACACUCAAAGGCCUCAUUGCAUAUUCAUGACCCAGGGGCGUGGCCACUGUGGCUUGGCUCAGCCAAUGGGGCGUGAGCGGCGGAGCGAGGGCGUGUCAGUCUGUUCGGAAGAGAAGUUGUGUGAGCGCGAGCCCCAGCACUGCUCAGAAAAGACAGAUAGAGAGUCAGGCGGCGGCAAAGGGUGGCAGUGCGACCCUCUUUUUGAGGGGGGGUCUGAUUAUAACAAAAUAUAACACACCAUAUAUGCAUGCCCAGGCCGGUCAUAUGCCGAUCAUAGGGAUUUUAGUAAACAUCUAGAUAUAUAUCUAUACAUUUCAAAAUGCCUAUUUUACUUUUCCUGAUAGACACGUCCGCUUCUAUGAAUCAGCGCACAUAUUUGGGUACGACGUAUCUGGACAUUGCUAAAGGCGCGGUUGAGAUCUUUAUGAAGCUGCGUGCCCGAGACCCGGCUAGUAGAGGCGACAGGUACAUGCUAGUUACAUUUGACGAUCCGCCAUACGGAGUAAAGGCAGGCUGGAAAGAGAACCACGCCACCUUUAUGAGUGAACUAAAGAAUCUGCAGGCAUGUGGACUGACCACUCUUGGUAAUGCUCUCCGAACUGCCUUCGACCUGCUCAAUCUCAACAGACUGGUGUCUGGCAUCGACAACUAUGGCCAGGGCCGGAAUCCCUUUUUUCUGGAGCCGUCAGUCAUCAUUACCAUAACGGACGGGAACAAGCUAACACACAGCUCUGGAGUGCCAGAUGAGCUUCACCUGCCUCUGAACUCCCCGCUACCUGGGAGUGAGCUAACCAAAGAGCCGUUCCGCUGGGACCAGCGUCUCUUUGCCCUGGUGCUGCGCAUGCCUGGUGCAGCCGUCCCCGACACCGAGCAGCUUGGCAGUGUGCCCAGUGAUGAAUCAGCCAUCACCCAGAUGUGCGAGGUUACCGGAGGUCGGUCAUAUUGUGUUAGGACACAGAGGAUGUUGAACCAGUGCCUGGAGUCUCUGGUGCAGAAGGUUCUGAGUGGAGUUGUUAUUAAUUUUGAGAAGACGGGCCCAGAUCCACCUCCUGUAGGUGAAGAUGGCCUGGUGGAUCCAGUACGACCUCUGUCAUCCUUCAGCUCUCAACCUUGGCACAGCUGCCACAAGCUCAUAUACGUUCGGCCGAACCCCAAAACCGGUGUCCCAGUGGGACACUGGCCGAUUCCAGAGUCCUUCUGGCCUGACCAGAACUCUCCGACUCUGCCUCCUCGAUCUUCCCAUCCAGUUGUGCGUUUCUCUUGCGUUGACUGUGAGCCUAUGGUGAUUGACAAGCUGCCCUUUGAUAAGUACGAGCUGGAGCCUUCACCUCUCACCCAGUACAUUUUGGAGAGGAAGUCCCCUCACAUGUGCUGGCAGGUGUUUGUGAGCUGCAGUGGUAAGCACAGUGAUGUAGUGCAGCCCUUCGGCUACCUGAAAGCCAGCACCACUCUCACCUGCGUGAAUCUUUUCGUCAUGCCUUACAACUACCCCGUACUGUUGCCUCUCCUCGAUGACUUGUUUAAAGUGCACAAACUCAAGCCAAACCUCAAGUGGAGACAGGCCUUUGAGGUGUACUUGAAAUCUAUGCCUCCUUACUUUCUGCUGCCCUUAAAGAAGGCACUUAGGAUGAUGGGAGCGCCAAAUCUCAUCUCUGACAACAUGGACUGUGGCCUCAGCUACAGCGUCAUUUCCUACCUAAAAAAACUCAGCCAGCAGGCAAAGAUGGAGUCGGACCGGAUGAUUGUGUCGGUGGGUAAAAAGCCCCCUCAGGAGACUGGCAUCAAGGUGAAGAAUCACUCGAGUACACUGUCCCUUGCUCACCGGCGUGACUUCAAACAGCUACUGCAGGGCAUCACGGGCGAGGUGCCCCUCCGCCUUAACGACAUCAACCUCAAAGAAUUCGCUGGAUUUCAAAUUGCUCACCUCAACAAGGAGGUAAAGCCCCAGGCCUAUCGUAAUGCCUAUGAUAUUCCACGGCGGAACCUUCUGGAUCAGGUCACACGAAUGCGCUCCAACCUUUUAAGGACUACUCAGAAGCUAAUCAGGAGCCAAGAUGAAGACUAUUUGCAUAGUAUUCCUGUGGGUCAGAUGGGAAACUAUCAGGAAUACCUGAAGAUGAUGCCAUCCCCCCUUCGCGAGAUCGACCCUGAUCAGCCCAAACGCCUGCACACAUUCGGCAACCCGUUUAAACAAGAUAAGAAGGGAAUGAUGAUAGACGAAGCAGAUGAGUUUGUCACAGGCACCCAGAACAAGAAAAGGGGAAACUCAACAGAGCCUAACUCGGGUGCAGCUCCAAAGAGGCGGCGAAGCAUGUCCCCUCUACUACGCCGAUCCCAAACCCCACCCAUCAUCAGCAACCAUGUGUUGGGAAAAGGGACCACGGUGGCCCCAGGCCAACCUGGUCUCAUUAAACCCAUCCCACUGCACAAAGGAGUGGAGGGGAACAGCACGGUGGGUGCAGAGAGCAAUGGUGAGAGAGCGAUGAGUGGAGAGUCUGGAGACAGCUGGUCUGGAGGAGUGGAAGGGGUCGGGGGAGAAACUGUAGUUCUCUCUCUGGAGGAGAAAGGAGGAAUGAAGGUCACUGAUGGAGGAGAAGAAGAGGCACUGCUGGAGAACAGGCUAGGAGAAGAGUGUUUGGAGGAAAGACUGUCUGAAAGGCCACAGAACUGUGAGAAUCCAAGUCCUCCAGACCAGGACAGAGACAUGGAGGGCACUGGAGGAGACACUUCUUCACGGCCCACCAUUGUUAUGGUUCCUCUGGAGGGAAGCAACGCCGAAUUACGCACUCGAGUCAUUAAAGAGGUCCGAAAACCUGGCCGCAAUUAUGAGGCAAUAUUCAGGCUGCUAGAGGAGGUUAAAGGACCAGUGUCAGUGCAGAGGUACUUUAUCCAUCACGCCAUCAAAGAAGCAGCCAGGUGGGUGUCUAUUGGUAUUACAUUUCAUGCAUGCGAGCACACACACAAUUUUAAUUGCGUUCCAGCUCAUUUAAAUAUAUAUUCACUGCAGUUAUCUCUGCUAAGCAAUAUCUCCCCCCCAUAAAAGUGAUCAGCUAAGCAGAACUAAAUUCAUGCCUAUCCAUAUUGAUCAGCAUUCAACAGAAAAGGUUUCUAAAUUGUUUCUUGUACAUAAAAUUUGGUAUAAAAUUGGGAUUCAUCAAAUGUGCAUGCACAUGUCAUAUGCAUAAGUGUAAGCAAUGAAGCUUAAUAAAUACCAACUGAUAAUAAACCCUGUACACACACAUUUCACGAAUAUAAAAAAGGACUGAUAUUUUGUUAGCGUCACAGACACUACACACUAGCAAAAGAAACUUUUUUCCUGAAGCAGAGAUUUUCAUAUUGAUAACUAAAGGGGACAGUUAUUUGGCUGUGUUGUUUGCUAUUACUGUAUUUUUUGUUAGUUUUCAUAUAUUUAAUGAACAAAUGCAUGUCACAAAUCAGCUGCACAUUCAUGGAAUAGAAAUCCAUGUUGAGGUCGGGAAAUUCGGCAAUUGUGCGGAAGUCCUUCUUCACAUGUGUCUGUUACACAAUGGUGUGAGGCACAGGUUCCCAGCCCUGGUCCUGGAGUAUCCCCCCCUAUCCCCCAUUGGCACACCCACUUUAACUCAGGAACGGUUUUUUGGGAGUAGGGAAAAUGCUAAAAGGUAUAGGACAGGAGGGUACACCAGGACCUAGGGUUGUAGGGGAGUAGGGGAUGAAGCUCAGGUUAAGAGAAAUUAUAGCAUCCAACACUAUGGACAUUUACAGCAUUUAGAAAGCACUCUUAUCCAGACUUACAGUCUUUAACAAAAGUGCUUUGUAUUCUCUUUCGAAAAAACAUAUCCUCAUGCUAGUUUAUUACAUCCGGGACCAAGAGCUAAAACCCUGUUACGGGGAUAUUUGUGCAGCAAGAAAAGAAAACACAAGUCAAGGGAUGUUUUAAGUUAUUGCAUUGUUUGGGGAAUAGGUCGGUCUUUAGUCUUUUUUGUUUUUUGAAGACUGGUUGUGACUACUUGGACAGCCAGGGAAGAUUCAUUUCACCACCUCUAUGCUAGUACAGUGUAGAGAUUUGCAUGUCUCAAAAGGAGCCUGGUAAAAAGCCAAGUAAGUGAGGGCUGGUCCAUUUUUGGCAUUGCAGGAAACCACCAGUGUUUUAAAUCUAAUGUGGGCAGCUACAGGAAGCCAGUGGUGGGAACACAGUAAUAGGGUAAUGUUGGAGAAUUUGGGGAGAUUGAAAACAAGUCUUGCAGCUGCAAUCUGGAUCAGUUGCAAGGGUCAGGUGACGCACAGGGGCAGACCUGCCAGGAGGGAGUUGCAGUAGUUAAGUCUCGAGAUGACAAGGGCAUGAACAAGCACCUUUGUUGCCUCCAUGGAUAGAAAAGGCCAGAUGCUCCUGAUGUUGUAACUAGAAACAUGAGCAUGAGCAUGUCAAGGUUGCAAUCUGAGGCGAGAAGGAUAGUUGUUUGUCUGAAACUACCCAUGGUUGUGUGCCAGUGUCAAAUGGUGUGUUUUGACCACAAGAUUUUGACAUGGGGCUCCAUCUCCAGGGAUAUACAGCAGCUGAGUCUUGCUUGCAUUAAAUUUCAGCUUUUGAGCUGCCAUCCAUGACAAAAUGUCUGCCAGACAUGCUGGGAUCUGUGUAGAAACAUGUAUCUGAGGGAAGAAAGGAGACAAUACGUUGCGUGCAGUCAACAUAUCAGUGAAUGGGGAAAAAACCCCAAAAACCUGAGGAUAUGACAUCACUGAGGGAGCAAAUAUAGAGGGAGAACAGUUGAUAGUCUGCAUGUAGUAGAUGAAUGCUAACUUGAAGGGAGUCCCUACAUAAACAAAUAUUAUGGUGUCCUUUAUGGUGUAAGUGUUGAAGGGGUGGAGGUCUUGAGACACAAUCUGGAGCAUUGUGAAAGGGAUGGAUCCAGUGGGCAGAUAGUAGGAUUGCUAGACAAGAUAAUCUGCAGAAUCUCUUCUGUAGAAAGAAGAGAGAAAUGUGUCAAGGCAGCAGGAGGAAAAAGAGCGAUGGUAUUUUCACAAUAGGGCAAGAAGGAGCGAUUGGCUGAUCUUGCUAAUCUUCUCAUCAAGAAUGUUUCAAAGCCACCAGCAGUCAGGGACGAGAGUGAAGGACGAAGGUUGAGAAGUGAAAAAAUAGAUCAGCAGUAGAUGCUGCCAGCUUUCCUUUGUAGAAGGAUAUCUUAGCAGAACUUCAACAACAGAGAACAGUAUAAGAAGAGAUCAGCAUCAAGUUGUGAUUUCCUUCACUUUCAUUCAGCUGUUCUUAAUUCUCUCCUCUUGCUGCAUAGCACAUUUGACAGCCAAGGAUCAAGGUGAGAACACCUCCUAGGUCUGGAAUAUCCAGAGCAAAGGAGGUCAGUGGAUGAAGAAUGUGAAGAGAGGAAUGUAUUGGUUGCUGAUUCAGGUGUUGGAGAAGAAAAGGAGUGUGGUAGGGUGGUUAGGAUUCUGGAAGCUAGGGAGGAAGGAGAGGUAGAGUGGAAGUUUGCUGCAAGUGGAGGAGAGGUAUGAAUAGUUGAUGAUAGGCAGGGCAGGGGGGGUGAGUGUUAUGAGUAAAACAAGAGUUAAUAGUUAUACAAAACGAUGAACUGAAAAGUAGAGCAGGGUAACAUUGAUGUCUGCAGCUAAGGAAGGUCAGCUGAAGACAAGGUCCAGAAAAUUUCCUCCCUUGUGGUUUGGAGGGCAGUUGUUGAAGUUCAGGUCAAAAGAGUAGGCAGGACGGCAGGAGCUCAGAAGGGAGGUUGAAAUCUUCAAAAGGAGUGAAAGAGGUACCAGAAGGACUCCUUCCUAUGACCUACAGUAUGAGGUACUUACUCGUUAUAGCCCCAGUUUUCCUUUGAAAUGUGCAUAUUGCCAAAAAUCACAUGGCCGAAAGGACUUAGACAUAUGUAUGUCUCAUUUCCAUCUCCAACUUGGGUCCCAGCUGAUGGCACAAAUUUAUCACUACUGGUUCUUCCAAAUCUCCAAAAAGCCACUUAGUGUUCAACUAAAAAAUCUGUCAAAAUAGCAUGAUGCAUCUAAUAUCUAAAUAUAUAACGCCAUGCCAACUUCCAUGUCUAUAUUCAUGGCGAGAGCCAGUUUAAUUAUUCAAGAGUAAAACUAAAAAAGGUGAUUAAGAUACAUUUUUCCUAAAAACCUUCAAACUAAGUUUGGAUUUACUUGGUUAAAAACCUUGUCAACAGAAUAAUACAGGUAGAAGUGUAGAAGUGUUCCAGUCCAGUAAGACAUGUUUAAUGGAUAGUGGGUUCUGACAGAAUGGGCACUUUGGUGUAUUUUCUCCAGAUUGGUGUGCGAGCCUUGCAUGUCCUAUCCAGCAUCGAGUGUAAGAGACUUGAUCCCAGCGAUUAUUAAAAUGGAAUACGUGUCUUGUCUCAACAACAGGAUUUAUUUCCCGUAAUUUGUUGUUAAAACACUGAACCCAUUCCGACUGCCAAUUUUUUUUUAGUGUACAUGUUUAAUGUUGGUUUUAGGUCUAUGAACUUAAUAGAGCAUUGUACUGGUUCUGAGGAUAAUGCUUCUUUGGCAGCUCUAUCUGCUUGUUCAUUACCAGAGAUUCCUGAGUGGCCAGAUACCCAGCAGAAAAUAUGACUAAAAUUCUUUGAUUUCAGAGAUGACAAUUUGGAUUGUCAUCUCUGAAACAAUAGAACAAUAGAAAGUGAUGCUCCAUUAGUUAACCUACUGACUCUUAGCCUUUUUGUGGAAUUAGAAAACAAACACAAAUUUGUUUGUAUUAUAGAAAUUACUUCUAUGCUAAUUCAAAGUAAUAGCUGUCCAGGCCUUGCGUAAAGCACUCCUAAGGGAACAGCUUUUCAGCGCUACAUGUUUUGCAGGUGUACAGUCAAGGCUGUACAUAAAUGUAUGCCCAAAUUUAUGCAAAUAUUUGUUUUGAUAAAUCCCACACUGUGUUGAAAAUGCAGUUCACAGAAUUAAAGCACAAAUUUGUGUGUAUCCACCGUUGAGGGCCCCAAGUCUUUUUGAACUGAACCUCUUCUGAGAGCCUUCAUCAAUUCUAGUCACCUGAAUGUUUAUUAACAGAUGGGUUCAACUACACUCCACAACUCUUUCCUGAAUCCUGCUCAUGUAUAUAUGCAAGUGUCCAACCUCUCUCUGGCUAUCUCUCUCUCUCUCUAUCUCUA